AUGCAACUCCAAACCAUCUUCACAGCACUGUGCCUGUCCCUCCUCAGCGGCACAGUCACAGCCCAAAGCCAACCUCCCAUGAAUCUCACGCCCACACAGUCUCCGUCUCGUUCGGCGUUUCCCUCCCCCAACUCAGUGGUGCCAGCGUCCCGGUCCGCGACACCUACCAUCACCCGGGUACGCCAAGCCUUCCGAGGCUCCUCUACUCCUGCCUCGUCAGUGCGUGUCGCAUCGACUCCGGCUGCGUCUUCUGGGUUUGCUACAUCUGCAAUUCCGGCGGCUAGUGGAGCGGCGAAUUCGAAUGUUCUUGGUAAUUUGUUGCAUUUGCCUCGGAAUUAG